UACGCGCCUCGGCUCUACGUCGACGAGCUCGGCCUGCUGGGCAAGCACGCGCUGCCUCUCUCGAGCGACGUGGGCAAGGAGCCUCCUCGGCUGCGGCUGCGGCUGCUGCCCAUCUCCCUCGGUCGGUACCGCGCCACGCGCCAGCUGCACACGGCGCUUGGCGCGCUGCAGGCGGCCAGCGGGAUGGAGGCAGCCGAGUUCGACGAGCUACGCGAGCUGCUCUCCGAGAAGCGCCUCUACCGCUUCGCGCUGAUGCAGCUGAUCGGGCUGCUCCACGUCGUCUUUGACGCGCUCGCCUUCCGGAACGACGUCGGCUUCUGGAAGGGGCGGGAGGACCUGAGGGGCCUGUCCUCGCGCGGCGUCAUCUUCAACGCGGGCUCCACGCUCGUCAUCUUCCUCUACCUGCUCGACGGCGACGGCGUCAACUCGAUCGUCCUCGCUACCUACGCCUUCUCCACCGCCCUCGAGCUUUGGAAGCUGACCAAGGUGGUUGCGAUGCGGCGGCGGGCGCGCGGCGCGGCCGGCGGCGCCGGCGGCGAGGGCGCGCGCGCCGAGGCGGCGACGGAGCGGUUCGACGAGGUUGCGACGCGGCACUUGACGUGGGGACUCGCGCCGCUGGUCGUCGGCUGGGCGCUGUACGCGCUGCUCCACUACCCGCACGCGUCGUGGCGCGCCGCUUCCCUGCCGUACAGCUGGCUGCUCGGCUCGCUGGCCGACGCGAUCUACCUCUUCGGCUUCAUCGCGAUGACGCCACAGCUCUUCAUCAACUACAAGGCGCCGAGAGGAGCCGAGAUGGCCCGAGAUGGCCCGAGCUCUCCGAGAUCCCCAGAUCUUCAUCAGCCACAAGGCGAGCUCCCCCGCCCCCCCUCGCGCCAGAUGAAGAGCGUCGCCCACCUGCCGUGGCGCGUCCUCGCGUACAAGGCCUUCAACACCUUCAUCGACGACGCCUUCGCGCUGAUGGUCGCGAUGCCGACCGCCCACCGCGUCGCCUGCCUGCGGGACGACCUCGUCUUCCUCGUCCUCCUCUACCAGCGCCGCCUCUACCCCGUGGACCGGAAGCGCGCCAAUGAGUUUGGCAUCGCGUACGAGCGGGACGAGGCGGACGUCGCUCCCGCGCGAGGGGAGGGCAGCGCGGGAGAUGGGGCCGAGGAGGGGCCUGCUAGAGGGGUGGAAGCGGAGGGCGAGGUACCCACCCGCCUCCUCGACCUCCCCACGGAGCUCCUCGUGCGUGUCGUCUCUCGCUGCGACCCCGCCGACAUCGCUCGCGUUGCGGCCGUCUCGCACAUCUUCCACGCCUCGCUUGCGAAGGAGGGCAUCCGCUUGUGGGCGCAAGAGCGCGGCUUCGAGCUGGCGGCGCAGCCAGAGGGCGAGGGCUGUGCCGUGCGGUGGCUGUGUCUCGCUGCCUUGCUGCGCGAGUCCAACCCGCCGGUGAGGGCGUCGACAGGCCGCUCCCACAGCUGUGGCGACCGAAAAAAGUUGGACGGUUAG